GACGGUGGCCGCAGAGGUUCGGAAGCAGGUGUCCCGGGAACGCAGUGGUUCCCCCAGCUCCAGCAGGCGCUGUAGCAGCAAUCUGGGGGUCCCCCUGACUGAAGUCAUCGAGCCCCUGGACUUCGAGGAUGUGCUUCAGAGCCGCCCCCCAGACGCCGAGCCCGGGCCCCUCAGGGAUCUGGUCGAGUUCCCAGCAGACGAUUUGGAGCUGCUGCUACAGCCCCGGGAAUGCCGGACCACAGAGUCGGGGAUCCCCGAAGAUGGAAAAUUGGAUGCCCAGGUGCGGGCCGCGCUGGAGAUGUACACAGAAGACUGGGUGAUCGUCCACCGAAGGUACCAGCAUCUGAGCUCAGCCUACAGCCCCAUCACCACUGAGACCCUGCGAGAGCGGCAGAAAGGCCUCCCCCGCCAGGUGUUCGAGCAGGACACUGCUGGGGAUGAGAAGUCUGGCGCGGAGGACUCGGAUGACUCCCGGCGCUGCUCCGGCUCCCCAGAUGACACCCCUCGAAGCAGCGGUGCCUCCGGCAUCUUCGACCUAAGGAACUUGGCGGCUGACUCACUGUUGCCCUCAUUGCUGGAGCGGGCAGCCCCCGAGGACGUGGACCGUCGUAAUGAAGCCCUGCGUCGACAGCACCGGCCCCAAGCUCUGCUUACCCUCUACCCUGCGCCUGAUGAGGACGAAGCUGUGGAACGCUGCAGCCACCCGGAGCCGCCCCGCGAGCACUUCGGACAGCGGAUCCUGGUCAAGUGUCUGUCUCUCAAGUUCGAGAUAGAAAUUGAGCCCAUCUUUGGGAUCUUAGCCCUGUAUGAUGUUCGGGAAAAAAAGAAGAUCUCAGAGAACUUCUACUUCGACCUGAACUCGGACUCCAUGAAGGGGCUGCUUCGGGCGCACAGUACCCACCCCGCCAUCUCCACCCUGGCCCGCUCUGCUAUCUUCUCUGUGACCUACCCCACACCUGACAUCUUCCUGGUCAUCAAGCUGGAAAAGGUGUUACAACAAGGGGACAUCGGCGAGUGCUGCGAACCCUACAUGGUGAUGAAAGAGGUGGACGCGGCCAAGAACAAGGAGAAGCUGGAGAAGCUGCACUUGGCGGCCGAGCAGUUCUGCACGCGCCUGGGCCGCUACCGCAUGCCCUUCGCCUGGACCGCGGUGCAUUUGGCCAACAUCGUGAGCAGCGCGGGGCAGCCGGACCGGGUCUCCGACUCCGAAGGGCGGCAGCGCCGACCCGCCUGGACUGACCGCCGCCGUCGGGGGCCCCAGGACCGGGCGAGUAGCGGGGACGAUGUCUGCAGCUUCUCCGGCUUCCGCCCGGCCACGCUGACUGUGACCAACUUCUUUAAGCAGGAGGCUGAGCGACUCAGCGACGAGGACCUCUUCAAGUUCCUGGCUGACAUGCGGCGUCCAUCCUCCCUGCUACGACGCCUACGGCCUGUGACCGCCCAGCUCAAAAUUGAUAUUUCCCCGGCUCCCGAGAACCCCCACUUCUGCCUGUCUCCCGAUCUGCUUCAUGUCAAGCCGUACCCGGACCCCAGGGGCCGGCCCACCAAGGAGAUCCUGGAGUUUCCCGCGCGGGAGGUCUACGCCCCGCACACCAGCUACAGGUCCCCCGAGUUCUACGAGGAGUUCAAGCUGCGUCUUCCGGCCUGUGUGACCGAGAACCAUCACCUCCUCUUCACCUUCUACCACGUCAGCUGCCAGCCCCGGCCGGGCACAGCCCUGGAGACGCCUGUGGGCUUCACUUGGAUCCCCCUGCUGCAGCAUGGCCGCCUGAGGACCGGCCCCUUCUGCCUCCCCGUGUCCGUGGACCAACCCCCACCCAGCUACUCCGUGCUCACACCCGACGUGGCGCUGCCGGGCAUGCGCUGGGUGGACGGUCACAAGGGCGUAUUCAGCGUGGAGCUCACGGCUGUGUCAUCCGUGCACCCCCAGGACCCGCACCUGGACAAGUUCUUCACCCUGAUGUACGUCCUGGAGGAGGGGGCCUUCCCGUUCCGCCUCAAAGACGCCGUGCUGAGCGAGGGCACGGUGGAGCAGGAGCUGAGGGCCAGCCUGGCCGCCCUGCGCCUGGCCAGCGCCGAACCCCUCGUGGCCUUCUCCCACCACGUGCUAGACAAGCUCGUGCGUCUGGUAGUCCGGCCCCCGAUCAUCGGGGGUCAGAUGGUGAACCUCGGCCGCGGGGCCUUUGAAGCCAUGGCCCACGUGGUCAGUCUGGUGCACCGGAGCCUGGAGACCGCCCAGGAUGCCCGUGGUCACUGCCCGCUGCUGGCUGCGUAUAUCCACUAUGCCUUCCGACUGCCUGGGGCCGAGCCCAGCCUCCCGGGUGAGGCUGAUCCCAUCUCUGUCACCCUCAGGGGCCCCUCCAGUGACGGUGCAGGCGGCUCCGGCCGCCCCGCGAGCCUCUACCUGGCCCGCUCCAAGAGCAUCAGCAGCAGCAACCCUGACCUCGCCGUGGUCCCCGGCUCCGUGGACGAUGAGGUUUCCCGGAUCCUGGCCAGCAAGGGCAUCGAUCGCUCACACUCCUGGGUGAAUUCUGCUUACGCUCCGGGCGGCAGCAAGGCUGUGCUUCGGCGAGCGCCCCCCUCCUGUGGGGCUGACCCCAGACAGGCCACCGACCGUGCUUCUAGCCGAGCCUCCUCCUACGUCGAGGGUGCCGCCUCGGCCCCGCCGGCCACCCAGCCGAGACCCACUGUGCCGAAGCUGCUGCACGAGGAGCUGGCUCUGCAGUGGGUGGUCAGCGGCAGUGCGGUGCGCGAGGCCGUGGUCCAGCACGCCUGGUUCUUCUUCCAGCUCAUGGUGAAGAGCAUGGCCUUGCUCCUGCUUCUGGGCCAGCGGCUGGAAACGCCCCGCAAGCUGCGCUUCCCCGGGCGCUUUCUGGAUGACAUCUCAGCUUUGGUGGGCUCGGUGGGCCUGGAGGUCAUCACCCGCGUCCACAAGGACACAGAGCUGGCUGAACGCCUCAAUGCCAGCUUGGCCUUCUUCCUGAGCGACCUCCUGUCCCUGACGGAUCGUGGGUUCGUCUUCAGCCUGGUCAGGGCCCACUACAAGCAGGUGGCCACCCGCCUCCAGAGGGCCCCGAACCCAGCGGCGCUGCUGAGCCUGCGCGUGGAAUUCACCCGUAUCCUGUGCAGCCACGAGCACUACGUGACCCUCAACCUGCCCUGCUGCCCCCUGUCACCCCCAGCCUCGCCCUCCCCUUCCGUGUCCUCCACCACCUCCCAGAGCUCCACCUUCUCCAGCCAGGCCCCGGACCCCAAGGUGACCAGUAUGUUCGAGCUGAGCGGACCGUUCCGACAGCAGCACUUCCUGGCUGGGCUCCUGCUGACGGAGCUGGCGCUGGCCCUCGAACCUGAGGCCGAGGGGUAAGCACAGGUCCUGUCUGUCUGUGGGGCCCGUGGGAGGUCCAGGGGCCGUAUCUGCUGUGUCCUGAGUACCGCACGAGACACGCUGCCACGGCUCCAUGACUUUUCUGAGGGCCCAGGACCGCGGUCAAGGCUGGCCUCGAUGCUCGACUCGGACACAGAAGGCGAAGGAGACAUUGGAGGGACCAUCAACCCCUCUGUGGCCAUGGCCAUAGCUGGCGGUCCCCUGGCCCCCGGUUCCCGGGCCAGCAUCUCCCAGGGGCCACCCACGGGGAAAAAGGCCUUUGAGCGCAUCAACAGCCUCACCUUCAAGAAGUCACUGGACAUGAAGGCCCGCCUGGAGGAGGCUAUCUUGGGCACCAUUGGAGCGCGACAGGAGAUGGUGCGGCGGAGUCGAGAGAGAAGCCCGUUCGGGACCAAGGAUGAAAUGGACCACGAGGCUUUGGUGGAAGGGAACCUGGCCACCGAGGCUAGCCUGGUGGUUCUGGACACACUGGAGAUCAUCGUGCAGACGGUGAUGCUGUCCGAGGCCCGGGAGAGCGUCCUGGGCGCGGUACUGAAGGUGGUGCUGUACAGUCUAGGCAGCACCCAGAGCGCCCUCUUCCUGCAGCACGGCCUGGCCACCCAGCGGGCCCUGGUGUCCAAGUUCCCCGAGCUGCUGUUCGAGGAGGACACGGAGCUGUGUGCCGAUCUCUGCUUGAGGCUCCUGCGACACUGUGGCAGCCGCGUCAGUGCCAUCCGCACUCAUGCCAGCGCCUCGCUCUACCUGCUCAUGCGCCAGAACUUCGAGAUCGGCAACAACUUUGCCCGCGUGAAGAUGCAGGUGACCAUGUCACUCUCAUCCCUGGUGGGGACCACCCAGAACUUCAGCGAAGAGCACCUGCGACGGUCACUCAAGACCAUCCUCACCUAUGCCGAGGAGGACAUGGGGCUGCGAGACAGCACCUUUGCCGAGCAGGUCCAGGAUCUGAUGUUCAACUUGCACAUGAUCCUGACGGACACCGUGAAGAUGAAGGAGCACCAGAAGGACCCUGAGAUGCUCAUCGACCUCAUGUACAGAAUUGCCCGGGGCUACCAGGGCUCCCCAGACCUACGCCUGACGUGGCUGCAGAACAUGGCCGGGAAGCACGCCGAGCUGGGCAACCACGCCGAGGCCGCGCAGUGCAUGGUGCACGCGGCCGCCCUGGUGGCCGAGUACCUGGCCCUGCUGGAGGACAGCCGCCACUUGCCCGUGGGCUGCGUCUCCUUCCAGAACAUCUCGUCCAACGUGCUGGAGGAGUCGGCCAUCUCCGACGACAUCCUGUCGCCCGACGAGGAGGGCUUCUGCUCUGGGAAGCACUUCACGGAGCUGGGGCUGGUGGGGCUGCUGGAGCAGGCGGCCGCCUACUUCACCAUGGGCGGGCUGUAUGAGGCAGUGAACGAGGUCUAUAAGAACCUUAUCCCCAUCCUGGAAGCCCACCGUGACUACAAGAAGCUGGCGGCAGUGCACGGCAAACUGCAGGAAGCCUUCACCAAGAUCAUGCACCAGCCCCAGCGUGUAUUCGGGACGUAUUUCCGCGUGGGGUUCUACGGCGCCCGCUUCGGAGACCUGGACGAGCAGGAGUUCGUGUACAAGGAGCCGUCCAUCACCAAGCUGGCAGAGAUCUCGCACCGCCUGGAGGAGUUCUAUACGGAGCGGUUUGGGGACGACGUAGUGCAGAUCAUCAAAGACUCCAACCCCGUAGACAAGUCUAAGCUGGACCCGCAGAAGGCCUACAUCCAGAUCACCUACGUGGAGCCUCACUUCGACACCUACGAGCUCAAGGACCGCGUGACCUACUUCGACCGCAACUACGGGCUGCGCACCUUCCUGUUCUGCACGCCCUUCACGCCCGACGGCCGCGCGCACGGGGAGCUGCCGGAGCAGCACAAGCGCAAGACGCUGCUCAGCACCGACCACGCCUUCCCCUACAUCAAGACCCGCAUCCGCGUGUGCCACCGGGAGGAGACGGUGCUGACCCCGGUGGAGGUGGCCAUCGAGGACAUGCAGAAGAAGACCCGGGAGCUGGCCUUCGCCACCGAGCAGGACCCGUCCGACGCCAAGAUGCUGCAGAUGGUGCUGCAGGGCUCCGUGGGGCCCACCGUGAACCAGGGUCCCCUGGAGGUGGCACAGGUGUUCCUGGCAGAGAUCCCGGAAGACCCCAAACUCUUCCGGCACCACAACAAACUGCGGCUCAACCAGUGUGAGGAUGCACUGCGCAAGAACAAGGCCCUGAUUGGGCCAGACCAGAAGGAGUACCACCGGGAGCUGGAACGGAACUACUGCCGCCUACGGGAAGCCCUGCAGCCCCUGCUCAGCCAGCGCCUGCCCCAGCUGCAGGCCCCCGCCCUGGCCAGCCUCAGAAACUCCUUGAACAGAGCAAGUUUCCGGAAGACAGAUCUCUGAGCUCGUGGGACCCAGAGCCACACCCGAGGAAGCAGCACCCGGGGCCUGGCUGCCUGGGCCUUGCUGGGAGUCUCCGCUCCUCUGCCCGCGAGGCGGUGGGCUGACCGCACUGUGCUGGGGCCCUGCCCUCUCGCUCUGUCCACCUGCUCCCGUCUGCAUGCACUGACAUCUUAUACCUUUUUUUAAUUUAAAGUGGUUUUUAUAAGCA